CUGCCAAGAUCCCAAGGAACCUUAAAACCACCAUGAAUAAUCCCGAAAUCUUCUCUAAGUCUAAGCCCUGUAAAAUUAUCCACCACCUCAAGCCCACAAAUCAUGUCUUUUUUGUUAUCUAAUUUUUGAGGUUAUGUUAGACCUCUCCCUGUUGUCUCUAAUUAUCCAUAGUCAGUCGAAAUAUAAUGACAACAACACGAGAUAUAAGAAGCAAAAAAGACAAAAAAAAUGUCGAACUACGUCACUGGCUAUUGACGUACGAGGAAUGGUAGGCGUGGCUUACUCAACCAUCAUCCAGUUUCACACCGUCUCAACAUCAACAUUUUUCCCAAUUGUAAAAUAAAAGGGAAAAAAUAAAAUAGAGUACGUAUCAAAUACGGCCAAAUUCGACUGACACAAGCACGUACGUUUCUGCCCAUUCGAAAAGAAGAAGCAGUCAAGGCGACGACUCCGUCCCUUCCCUACCGUAAAUCACCAGCGAAUCCCAACGAUUCAUUUUUUUUUCUUCGUGUAUACAUAACAUUAUUAUUAUGGGUUUGUUGUAUUAAAAUUAAUAAUGUGGGUAGUCAGUCGACGUUCAGAUGAGUGCGAGAAAGAACGUCGGCAGGUGGCAAGUGGCCCCCGGGGGUUGAUCCGUCGGUGAAAGGAAUUUACUUUUUCCUCGAGUUCGUAGAAUAAUUCUGGUGGUCAGUUGGGAUUUAAGCAGCACCCUUUUCCAGUGCAGAUUUUGUGUUUGUGAGGGAGGGUGACAUGGUGCCAGUGUUUUUCAAGGGUUUGGAGCCUGGAGUCUGAGUUUGCGGGUCGUGACAAUUAUCAGAAUUUUUUUUUCCAUUGAAAAGCUGACAAAAGGGUGGAAACAUGUCGGGGAUACCUGUGCUCCUCAUCACUGCCAAUGUUGGCAGCAUCUUCGAGGAGCCUGGAACUAUGCUAAAAAUCUGGACCGAAGAAUUUUUGUCUACUGUUUCGAGACUGGAUCCAAAGUUUAUAGCACUGCACUGCCAAGAAGUAGGUGGAAAAAAUUAUGAACAAAGCAUGAGGCACGUCGAAGACUUUGUUAGGCUACUUAUGUCUUCUGAGGAACUACGGCUCUUUGAUAAAGUCAGGGUAUAUCUGGAUGAAGAUUUCUCAUCAGCCGAGCAUUUCACAGCACUUGGCAAUUUUUACUUCGUACAUGAGUCCUUGAAAGACGUUUUAUUAUGGGAUUUCAAAGAUUGCACAUUUAUCUCAGUGAAUGGAAAAGAGGUUCAUUCUGGAAAUAUCGAGGCAGUAACGACCAAAGAAAAAGCAAAAUUCCCGCAGGAUUUCUUUCCGGAAUGCAAAUGGUCAAGAAAAGGAUUUUUACGUACACGAUGGAGUGUUAGCGGAACAGUAUUUGAUCUCAUUAACAUACACCUGUUUCACGAUGCUAGUAAUUUUAUUGCAAUGGAAACUUUUCCGUCAGUAUAUAGCAAAACAAGAAGGAGGGCACUUGAACACACCCUCGAACGAUUUCACAAUGAUCAGUAUGAAAAUGCACCGUAUUUUCUAUUCGGUGAUUUUAAUUUUCGAACAGAUACCGCUGGUGUCAUAAAGAAACUUACCGAAGAUACUCACGAAAGCAAGCUGUCGAGUAAGGGUAAUAUUUCUAGAUUACAGUUUCGCAACAAUGAAGAGAAUCUGAUCCUAACACUAGGCAAGAAAGAGUUUUCCCAUUACGAGCAUCGACACGUAUUCGCGGAGAACGGUGGACGAUGGUUACGUGAGUAUGAUCGGGAACUGGAGGACUUCGAGGGUAGGCUCUUUGAAUUUCCGAUCGAGUUUGUGCCGAGUUAUCCAUUUGAAGAGGAUAUCAAGCAGGGGACUAAUUAUAUGCAGACAAGAGUACCUGCUUGGUGCGACAGAAUACUGUUAAGCCCCACUGCUAAAACACUAGUCGAAAAUAUAUCAUCCUCUGAUGCUGUGGAAUAUGGUAUCAUCGGAGCGACCACUUGCAUGGGCGAUCAUAAGCCAGUCUACCUACGGGCAAUAUUGUCCACGGAUGCAGAACUGUUGGAGUCUAAUUGCGAGUACGAGAGCAAUGGAGAGACAUUGGUGAACUCGAGGGAAACAACAAAUGGCAGCAAUGGUGCGGCAACAAUUACACGUUACAUCCACAUUAAGCACGCCGAUUCGUCCGUUAAAAUAUUUCGCGAAACAACCGUCUGAUGUUCAACCAUAAUAAUGAAUUUAAUUAAUGAAUGUAUUAGAAAAUAACUCAAAUCGUCGAGGAAAUGACAAACAACCAUAAACGUAAUUGUAAGCGGCGUCAAAAUAAACGUAAGAAAGUUGACGAAAAUUAUAUAGGAGAUUUUUCAGCUGAUUUUUGAUUCUCUUGGAAAUUGAUGAAAAAAAUCGUUAACCGUCAUUGAUGUAAGUAAACAGCCAGCUCUUGUCUGUUAUAUGAAUAUAAUACAUGUUCUUCGGGAUGUAUUUUAUCGCAAUUAUUUUCGAAACGUUAUUGAUGAAAGUUUUUUUACUUGUGAUUUAUUCUGAGGGAGAAAUGAAACUUUAUAUCCAAAGAAAUUCUUUGUUGUUGUCUAACUAAAAGUUCAAUAAGAUGUGAAGAUUUUUAGAAAAUUUCUGAUUUGUUAGAAAUAAGAAAGAAGAGUUGAUUGAGUAUUGAAUCUCGAUAGGGUUCAAUUUAGCAGGUGAAAAAACUUUGAGUGAGUGAUUAUUUAAUAUAAUUCAGGACAAAUUUUCGAAAUAGAUGAAAUAGAUGAAAAAAGCUUAUUUAUUGUGAACGCAUUUCUUCCAAUUCAGUGCAGUACUUAUCCCUUGUGUACAGAUAGUUAAUGUUGCAAGGAAGAUGAGGAAACAAGUACUUCGAACUUUCGGGUUUUAUUAUUUAUCGAUAAACCGAAAAAGAAGAAAAAGUAAAAAUCAUUAUCAAGUCAUUCCUCUAGGUGAAUUUAAAUUAUUAAGAUAAUUUAGGGUUUUGAAUAUUAGUUGAAGAAACGAUGCUUCAACGAAGUCUGUCUGCCAGCACGAAUUUUUAUUUACGAAAAUGUUAUUAAGAGAUCAUGUAAUCUAUUGUCAUCCCGUUAGUUGAAAAAAAAUGGAGAAAUCCUCAACGCCAAAAAUCAUGAAUGUUGUACUUUUAUAAAUAUAUAUGAGUGUACUUAUAUUUUGUAAGGGCAGUACCAUGUAUACUUGGGCGCACCAUUUUUCAAUGUUAAGAAUUCACGAAAACGUUAAAAUACCAAAACUGUUUUGUUUUUGCUCGUUGUUGAAAAUAAAUAGAGCAGAGUAUUAAAUCAUUGGACGUAAUUAGGUAGUGCAUUGUGCGCUUUAUGUACCGUUCAGAUACGUAGUCAAUAAAAUCGUGAAUGUCUGACUCCAAUUUUUUCGAUUGAGAAGUCACAUUUAAAAAUAAAGAUCAGUGGCAAUGUAAA